UAUAAACAACAAAAACAAAAUAAAGUUAGCCAAUAUAACCAAUAUUUAAAUUAUAAAAUAACCUCUAUUGCUACUGUUAAAUUAAAAAAACAGUAAUAACGUUUCUAAAACCAAACGAAAAUUUAACAACCAGAACAUACAAAAUGAAGCGCCAUUCCGAAAUGGACAGUGACACAGAUUCAACAACAUCCAUAUCCUCCUUGGGCACUUUGAGUAAACGCCUGGGAAAAUGCGAAGUUUGCGGAGCCAACGAUGCCAAGUACACUUGUCCCAAAUGUGAGGUUAAAACUUGUUGUUUACCUUGUUUGCAAAUCCACAAAAAGGAACUAGAAUGCAGUGGCAUUCGAGAUCCCACAAAAUUUAUUCCAUUAAAGAAAAUGACAAAAAUGGAUUUCAUGAGUGAUUAUUAUUUUCUAGAGGAAUGCACCAGAUUCGUAGAAGAUCGCAAGCGCGAUCGAAUCAAACGUUACACCCGUUAUAACAAAGUUUUACCCAAAGAACUAUUCCGACUUAGAAAUGCUGCAGCCAAACGUAAGACAACCAUCCGCUUCUUGCUCGAGAACUUUUCGCGUCGCAAAGAGAACACUUCGUAUUUGAAUUGGAAAACCGAUAUAAUUUAUUGGCGGGUAGAGUGGGUGUUUGUAAAUGCUGAAAACAUGGUAUUUGUUGAUGAGAAAUGUUGCGAAGACGAUAGUCUCGGAACGUUGCUGGACAAAUAUGUUAAUGAACAGAAUCCAGAAAUUGUACCGAAGAAGAAGUGUUUGGAAUACUAUCAAAGUGAAGGCAUUGGGAAUUUAAUAAUACUUUUGAAAGCAGAAGGUGUGAAGAGGUCUCGUAACCGAUUCUUCCGGCUGGAUAUUUCUAAAAGUCUGAGAGAUAAUUUGGCGGACAAGGUUUUAGUUGAGUAUCCUUGCAUUCACGUGGCUUAUGAUAAGAAUACACUCUUAUUGGAUAUAAUUGAAAGUGAUGAUGACCUUGAAGAGGAAAAUAAUUCGUAUCGAAAAACAAUGGAUAAACUUGUCGAAAAAGACAAACCGGAGAAAACUAAAGCAAUUCUUGAAAAAGAAUUGAUUGAGAAAAAGCGCGCUGAAAGACGCAUUAAACGAGAACAACUUGAAAAAGAACCAAGCAACUAUCUUUUCUCCGAUGAAAAACUUUGGGAUGAAAUUUCUUCAUCGUCAGAUUCCGACGGCGGAAACAUUACUGAAGAGGAAGAAAUUCCUAGCUGCAGUUCUGCUUACAGAAAAAGAUGAUUUUAUGCUUCAUCUUUGAAUUUUUAUUGUAAAUUAAUUUCCAUUCAUUCAUGAAGAAAGAAAAAACCUUAACUAUACUGAAAAAUGAAUUUAAAAAAAAUUAAAUUAAUAUUGAUAAGGUUUUAAAGGUAUUCCGUUGAACGUAAAUACCUCAAUUUUAUCAGCUUUGCUAUUAUAAUUUAUAAGAAAUGUUUUUCUUGAAUUUUUAAUGUAAUAUAUUUUUUAAAAAUAAUUUAUGCACAGUGUGUUCGUUUUUUAUAUAGCUUCUUUGUUUUUCUUUUCUAUUUUCCUUAUAAUACCCAAAAAUAUAAUAUAAACACUACAAGAACAAUUCCAGCAGCUGCUGCCUUAACAUACAUAGAUUUACGAUUUAAAUAUGUUGCAUCUUUUUUAUAUUUCUGCGACAUCAUUGACAGGUUUUGAGUUUUCGUAUCAAGUUCUG